AUGGAGCAGGCGUCGCUUCUGCUGAAGAAACAACUCGCAGGUAUCAGUUGCCCACGUGAUCUGUUGAUCAACUACCAAUUUCAGACUUGCGACGGACGCCAGUGGACGGCUUCUCGGCUGGUCUCGUCGAUGACAACGACAUUUAUAAGUGGGAGGUUCUGGUGAUCGGGCCACCGGAUACGCUCUAGUAAAGAGGCUGAUUUUUGAAAUCGAACAACCAAUUGUUUUCAGCGAGGGAGGUUUCUUCAAGGCGAUUCUUGACUUUCCGCGAGAUUACCCACAAAAACCACCGAAAAUGAAGUUCAUCUCCGAAAUUUGGCAUCCAAAUAGUUAGUUUGACUUGUAAUAGUCGGUUGACGAUCUUGUUUCAGUCGACAAGGAAGGAAACGUGUGCAUCUCGAUCCUUCACGACCCUGGAGAUGAUAAGUGGGGAUACGAACGACCAGAGGAGCGAUGGUUGCCGGUGCACACUGUCGAGACGAUUCUGCUGUCUGUCAUUUCCAUGCUGACUGAUCCGAACUUCGAAUCACCAGCAAAUGUCGAUGCUGCUGUUGGUUAUUAGUUUUCAUUAUUUCUUUAAAUUUUUUUGUUUUUAGAAAAUGCAACGGGAGAAUUAUGCGGAUUUCAAAAAGAAGGUCGCUCAAUGUGUACGCAGAAGUCAAGAGGAAUAA